GAGGAAAGACGCAUACUUUAGACAUGGAAGUGUCCAGUGACAAGCUUUUUUGCUGCAGUUGGUUGCGCCGCAGGAUUCCCUUGGCACACAGAGAGGAACUGUACCACAUCCUGAGGAUGACGGGGCCUCUGCUGCUGUCUCGGAUCCUCAGUUACCUCCUGCCUUUCGUUGUCACAAUGUUCUGUGGGCGUCUGGGAAAUGAAGUGAUGGCGGGCUACGGACUGGCUUCUGCUACCAUCAACGUUACCACUGUGGCAACAGGUUAUGGUCUGGGACUGGCGUGCGAUACUCUGGUAUCUCAGACGUUUGGGGGUAGGAAUCUCCUGCAGGUGGGAGUGAUCCUUCAGAGGAGCAUCAUCAUCUUGCUGCUGUUCUGUCUCCCUUGCUGGGGGCUGCUCAUCAACGCACAACCCAUCCUGCUGUGUGUGGGUCAGGACCCGGAGGUGGCCAGAAUAGCCCAGCUCUAUAUAACAGCCUUCCUUCCUGCAGUGCCAGCAAUGUUUCUCCACAACCUUCAGGUGUCUUACCUACAGAACCAGGGUAUAAUACUGCCACAACUCUACACGGCUGCCAUGGCAAAUAUAGCAAAUGUUGCCACAAACUAUUUCUUUCUUUACUGGCUGAACCUGGGAGUCAGUGGCUCUGCUGCAGCAAACACUUUGUCUCAGAUAUACAUCUGUUCUUUUCUGUUUGCUUACAUUCGGUGGAAGAAACUGCAUGUGAAAACAUGGGAAGGCUGGUCUGUGGCAUCACUACAGGAAUGGGGCUCCUACAUGAAACUGGCCAUCCCCAGUACUUUAAUGAAGUGUUUUGAGUGGUGGGUUUAUGAACUUGGUGGAUUCCUUGCAGGAGUGCUGAGUGAGGAGGAGCUUGCAGCCCAGCAUGCUGUGAUAAUGGUGGCUUUCAUCACCUACAUGUUUCCGCUUGGUAUUCAAGCUGCGGCAUGCGCCAGAGUGGGGAAUGCUCUCGGUGCAGGAGACACCGCCAGGGCCCGGCUGACAAGCAAGGUCUCGCUCUGUCUGGCAGCUGCCUUUGCAGUGGUGGAGGGUGUUGUGCUUGGGUGCUCCAAAACAGUGAUUGGCUUUAUCUUUACCUCUGAUGAGAAGAUCAUAGCUUUGGUCUCACAUCUGAUGAAUGCCUACUGUUUCCUUCAGUUCUUUGAUGGGCUUGUGGGUGUGUGCACAGGCAUCUUCUUGGGAACGGGCAAGCAGAAGAUACCAGCUGUGGCUAACUUCAUUGGCUACUACUGCGUAGGGCUUACGCUGAGUGUCACUUUAAUGUUCGUUGCAAAACUGAGAGUUCUAGGUUUUUGGGUGGGACUACUGGUUUGUGUCAUUUUGCAGUCCACUUUCUACAUUAUAGUUAUCUUCAGACUGAACUGGGAGAAAGUAACAGAGGAGGCUGUGAAACGAGCUCAGAAAACAACCCACAUGACAUCAUUAAGCACCUCCGGCCUCUCAGACACUGAUCCAACAGCAGAGCCGACAACCUGCAGUGGCAAAUCAGCGGACGGAUACAUAUCUGUCAGUACUGAGAGUCAGGAUGGAAAUCCUGAAAGGCAAGGUGGCUGUGAGGUCCAGCAGCUGAAAGACAGACACCUCUCCACCACCCAGCUGAUCAUCAGGAGAGGCCUCACCGUGUUAGUAGCAGUUGCUCUCCUAGCUGUGGGAACAGCGGUGCACCUCCUCGUUCCUUUGCCAGAGAUCCGGUUUGCAGAGGGCAACAACACCGCAACAGACUGGAUCAAUGCAACGUAUACCCCUGAUCCAAUUUUCUCCACCAUGUUGGUCCCUAAUGGACAGUCAGAGUGA